UUUAUAAUCUCCCUUCAUCCUCAGAUGAGCCAAGACGUCACAGAAACAAGAACAAGGACCCGGUCCAAAGGGGUCAGAGUACCACUUGAAGUCGUAGGGCAGGAAAUACGCCAGGAAUUAAGUAACAGCUGUCCAACGCCAGGAUGCAACGGCAAGGGGCACGUCAGCGGCAGGUACUCGAGGCACAGAAGCGUACUGGGAUGUCCAAUCGUGAAGAAGAGGAAGAUGGAGGAGGCGGAGGCAGAAGAGAACCAGGCCAGCCCCAAGAAAAGGAGCCAGCCGCUGAAGCUGGUCAUGGACGAGGGCUUCAACGCGGAGAGCGACGCCGGCAGCGAGCCCGAGGAGAAGGAGGAGGAGGAGCAGGAGGAAGAGUGGCAGGAGCAGGCGGUGGAGGAGGAGGAGGAGGAGGAGGAGGAGGAGAAACAGGAAACGGAAGACAACCCCCCUCACGUCGGGCCACUGGUUCAGAUGAGCACGGGGGAGCAUACGAAAGAGGAAGAGGAGGAGGAGGAGGAGGAGGAGGAGGAGACGAAGGAGGCGGCGAGCGAAGGCAUGAAGGAGGUGGAGAGGCACUUUGUGAGCCAGGAGAACUCGGACCACCAGUACUCCAGUGGUAACUACAAAAAGCCUCCGGCCCCCGAACCAGAGGAGAAGGAGGAGGUGCAGGAGAGGAAGGAGGAGGAGGAGGAGGAGGAGGAAGAGGAGGAGGAGGAGGAAGAGGAGGAGGAAGAGGAGGAGGAGGAGGAGGAGGAGGUACUCAGGGAGGAAAGGGUGCUCAGCCCCUCGACACAGGAGGAAGAGGAGCAGGUAGCAGGCGAGGAGGAAGAGGAAGAGGAGGAGCAAGACGAGGAGGAGGAGGAGGAGGAGGAGGAAGAGGAGAGAGAGGAGGAACUGAUGCAGCACAAGGACGCCCGCAACGUGGUAGAACAGGAAGAGGAGGAGGAAGAGGAGGAGGAGGAGGAAGAGGAGGAGGAGGAAGAGGAGGAGGAGCGACACUCACACAAAGCCUCCCCCACCACCGUGCUCAUAGAGGUCCGCUCCGACGCCGACGAUGACGAGGACGAGAUCGAGGCGGAGGCGGGAGCGGAGGAGGACGAGGAGGACGAGGAGGAGGAAGAGGAGGAGGAAGAGGAGGACCACGUGUCGGACGGCUCGGGGGUGACGGACGACUCGGAGAACUGGGACAUGACGCGGGGGAACCUGGGGCUCCUGGAGCAGGCCAUCGCCAUGAAGGCCGGGGAGGUGCGGGCGCCCCAGGAGGGUGGCAGCUCCCCAGACUACCAGCCGUACCACAGCCCCUCCCAGAGGACCUCCAGCAACGCCUCCGACCAGCUGGGGGCCGCUCGCCGCGCAGGGGCCACCAGCAAGGACAAGAAGGAGGUCAAGUGCCCCACCCCAGGGUGCGACGGGACGGGCCACGUCACCGGCCUGUACCCCCACCACCGGAGCCUGUCCGGCUGCCCCCACAAGGACCGCAUCCCCCCCGAGAUCCUGGCCAUGCACGAGAACGUGCUCAAGUGUCCGACUCCAGGAUGCACGGGCCAGGGUCACGUGAACAGCAACCGCAACACACAUCGCAGUCUGUCGGGCUGUCCGAUCGCGGCGGCCUCAAAGCUAAACAAGACCCACGAGAAGCCGGUCCUGAGCCAGGCCUCACCCAGCGAAGCCUCCACCACCGCCAACUCGGACCGCGUGCUCAGGCCCAUGUGCUUCGUGAAGCAGCUGGAGAUCCCCCAGUACGGCAGCUACCGACCCAACAUGGUGCCGGCCACGCCCCGCGCCAACCUGGCCAAGGAGCUGGAGAAGUACUCCAAGGUGUCCUUCGACUACGCCAGCUUCGACGUGCAGGUGUUCGGGAAGCCCAUGCUGGUCCCCAAGAUGCCCGGCUCCGGAGAGUCGUCACCCAAAGCCUUUAAAUCCAAGCCGUUCCCGAAGGCCUCCUCCCCCAGCCACAGCCUGUCCGGCGGCUACGCCAAGAGCGCCUCCUCGGCCUCCUCGUCCUCCAGCGGCUACGACUACAGCCACGACGCCGAGGCCGCGCACAUGGCCGCCACCGCCAUCCUCAACCUGUCCACGCGCUGCUGGGAGCGGCCCGAGAACCUCAGCAACAAGACGCCCACGGAGAACGACAGCAACGACGGCAAGGAGACGGACAUCGAGGUGGACGAGAACGGCACCCUGGACCUGAGCAUGAAGAAGGCCAAGAAGGAGGGCGGGCAGUCGCCCCACCCUUCCUCCUCCCCCUCCACCUCCUCCCACUCCUCCCAGCACCUCAGGGACUCCGCCGCCCAGGGCAACGCCCAGGUGGAGUGGGAGGAGCCUCUGGACUUCACCAAGCCCAGCGGCGCCAAGGAGGAUGAGCCAGACGAGAUGGAGUACGCACCGCCCUCUUACACGUCUUCGGACGGGGAGGAAGAGGACCGGGACAGUCUGAGGGAGAGGAAGUACCCCGGGGAGGUCACCACCGGUACCUACAAGGUCAAGGCGUCCCCGAAGGACAGCAAGAAGGAGGUCCUCAUAUGCCCCACACCAGGCUGUGACGGUAGUGGACACAUUACAGGGAACUACGCCUCACACCGUAGUCUGUCUGGCUGUCCACUCGCCGAUAAAUCUCUUCGGACCCUCAUGGCGGCCCACACUGCUGAACUGAAGUGUCCGACGCCCGGGUGCGAUGGAUCAGGACACAUCACGGGAAACUAUGCCUCCCACAGAAGUCUGUCCGGAUGCCCGCGUGCCAAAAAAGGAGGCCUGAAGACCACGCCCACCAAGGAUGACAAGGACGACUCUGAGCUACUGAGGUGCCCCGUGCCCGGCUGCGACAGCCUGGGCCACAUCAGCGGGAAGUACGCCACGCACCGCAGCGCCUACGGCUGCCCGCUGGCGGCGCGGCGCCAGAAGGAGGGGCUCCUGAACGGGGCCCCCUUCUCCUGGAAGGCCUUCAAGACCGAGGGCCCCACCUGCCCCACGCCCGGCUGCGACGGCUCCGGACACGCCAACGGCAGCUUCCUCACCCACCGCAGUCUCUCAGGUUGCCCCAGAGCGUCGGCGAACAAGAAGAGGACCAAGUUCCCCGGAGACGAGUACAUCACGGCUAAAUUCAGAGCCAGCGAUGUUCUGGACAACGACGAGGACAUCAAGCAGCUCAACAAGGAGAUCAACGACCUGAGUGAUUCCAACUCGGAGAUGGAGGCGGACAUGAUGAACAUGCACGACCAGAUCUCGUCCAUGGAGAAGAACCUGCAGAGCAUGGAGGAGGAGAACGAGCAGAUCGAGGAGAGGAACGAGACCCUGUUCAUGGAGCUGUCGGGUCUCAGCCAGGUGCUGAUCCGAAGCCUGGCCAACAUCCGCCUUCCCAGCAUGCAGGAGCCGCUGUCCGAGCAGAACUUCGACAGUUACGUGGACACGCUGACGCACAUGUUUACCAACAAGGACUGCUACCAGAACCCAGAGAACCGGGCACUGCUGGAGUCCAUCAACCAGGCGGUGAAGGGCAUCGAGGUUUAACGGGCUAGAAGAAAAAAAAAAAAGGGCGGGAAAAUCAAAAAUGCUAAGCUAAAAUGCUAAUAUGCUAAGCUACGAUAAAAUGAGGGAAAGACUAAGAAAAAAAGAGGAGACAGGCACUGCGUUUGGGUAGGCAUGCCACAUACAUUCAUCUCUUUUUUGUUUGCUCUUUUUGAAAGACUUAAUUUAUUAUCAUUUGGGAAGCGAAAAAGUUGUUGUGGUGUUCGUUGUCAUUUGUUUCCUGUUUGCAUGUUGAUUUGUGACGAGACGAGUGCAAGUAUGUAAAAGUGUAAAAGGGUGAGUUUGGGUGUAAUUGUGCAUGCUGGCACACGCGAUCUUCAUAAAAGUGUUCAUGUGAGCUGCAGCGUAUGGAAAGCGAUGGGUACGAAGAAUAAGUACAGAACAAAAAGUCGUAUUCUGUUAGCUAGUGAACAUAUCUCAUUCACUUUAGUAAUGUUGAUGAUGGUAGUGAUGUUUGCACUUGAACCACUAGUGUGUAGAAGGAUUCUACUAUUGCUGUUUAUCUAUUUGAGUCCGUUGGGGAAAAAAGUCUUGUUUUUAUGAAUAUACGUUAUUUAUUCAUGUAUGAUUUUUGUUUUAAUUUAAGCCUAUUUAUUAUUCAUUAUCUAUUUAUUGACUUUUUAUUUUCGAAAAAAAAACGAUGCUUAAGAUGUUUUUAAAUGGCCGCUAAGAGAAGGAGGUUGUUUCCUCUGUUUUGUUGAAUAAAGAGGAAAUAUUUUAAGAUAUCAACUAUUAAUUAUUUUAUAUAGCUUAUUAUUUAUUUGAAAUACUGGGAUCUUUUUAAGUGCAAAUAUUUUGUAAUGAACGAUUUUUGAUAAUUUUCUAAAGAGUUUUCGUUUAUAUGAUUUUUGUUUUUAAUUCCUUAAACUAUUUCGACACCCGUAAUGAAUUGGGAACUAUCUGUGUUAUAUAUUUAAUAUUUAUUUGGUGAUGAAGAACAAAUUGAUGGUGUAUAUUUAUUUUGUAUUGUCUAUGUGUUAAUGAUGACUGUGUGUGGAUUUGUCUUUCAUUUGCUCUGAAAAUAAAGGAAU